AUGGAUAAGACGUCGCGAUGCAGUAGACUUAAAAUCAAAGGAUUAUUGACAGUUUGUGGCGGCCUGUUGGUUCAUAUGGCGCUGGGCUCCCUCUUUUUCACGUUUGGUAAGUUACUAGAUUAAUCAAUAUAACCCACCGGGCACACGACGUUGUUUCAACGUUGAAAAUUGGUAGAAAAAAGGUUGCGACGUCGACAACCUAAUAUCUACGUUGCUCUGACGUUGUUUUACAAACAUUGGUUCAACAGCAGCCAACAGACGUUGAAUUAACGUUCAUUCAUCGUUAAAUGUACGACGUCAAUUUGUGAACCAAUCUCAACGUUGUUUCAACGUGGAUUCAACGUUGAAUUAUGGUUGGCGAGAUUGGCAACCUAAUUUCAACGUUGUUUCAACGUCGAAACAGUAACGUCGAUCCAAUUUGCAUAGUCAACCCUUUUUCAACGUCUAUCCAACGUCUGGAAGGUCAUUGCCAACGUUGAUUCAACGUUGGAUAAACGUCAUUUUGCCCGCUGAGAAAUAGCUACUAUUUAAUACUGUCGUGGUCACCACGCUUGCCUUUCAGUCUGGGUCGGACCUCUAUACUCAAGGCCUUGGUCGGACCUCUAUACUCAAGGUCUUUAAAUAUUUAGGAGAUAUACAGGGUGUCUCCAAAAAAACGCUACGGAAAUUCAACAGACUGUUGUGCAUCACAAACUUAACUAGACAGUUUAAUUUUUACAUAGGACGAAAGAGCGAUUGUUUAGCUUUUCUAUGCUACCUUUCUUAAACCGUAACUAUGAGAAAUGGCCACAUACUCGUCAAAUAGAAAUUUUCGGUCGAAAUCACAUUCUUCCACCGUUGGGAAUAGAAAAACAUUAAUUAUGCAAAGUUAAUCAAUCUAAAAAAGCACCGCGAUUUGUUUAUUUGUUUGAUGACUUGUUUCGUAAAACGUUUUGAUUACGAAUGUUCUCUGUUCAGGGGUUAAAUGAACCAUGUUUAAUACAAUAAUGGACGUUCUUAUGGUCUCACUAAGACGAAGAUUGACGAGUUGAGCUUAUUUUAGAUAAUUUAACAUUCAAUUUUAAUUCCCUCUUGGGAAUUGUUUAUGUUUCGUUUUCCAUGCAAUUCCCAACGGUGGAAGAAUGUGAUUUCGACCGGCAAUUUUUAUUUGGCGAGUAUGUGGCCAUUUCUCCUCGUUACGAUUUAAAAAGAGUAGCAUAGAAAAGCUAAAUAACUGUUCUUUCGUCCUAUGUAAAAAUUGAAUUGUUUAGCCACGUUUAUGAUGCACGACAGCCUGUUGAAUUUCCGUAGGGAUUUUUUUUAGACACCCUGUAUACAGUAGUUCUACCUUUAGAUUGACAUCAGUAAAUGGUUAGAUUCCGCGUCUUCUUGGAUAUUAGGACGUUAAAAUCGUAGGUGCCUCGGAUCCCCUAUCAAUUGGGCAAUAUAUUGCCUGUUGGGAAAUCCGCUUACUAACGAGCGAGAAACUAGUCAAUAACUGGUAAACAAAUAAAAAUAAACAAACUCGUCGCGACAAAGCGGGUCAUGUGACAGACCAUGGAUUAUUACAGGUAAACUACGUGAAGCGUUCCUCUUUUGACUUCGUAACUCAUUUGGAAUUUUCCUCAUUAGCUUUUCAAAUUUGAAAAACUCUUUGCAAAUCCCUUUAGGGAAUUUGCAAUAUUCCUAUCGGCUGUUGCAAUUUUCCAACGCAAACAAACUUCUUGUUCUGUUCUGAGCGUUGUUAUUGGUCGAUUAUUUUUGUUAGCCAAUUGCAACGCCCAGAACAGAACAGAAAGUUAGGAACUUGUAACAGGAAGUUAAGAACUUCUAACAGGAACUGAGGAAAAUUUUAUUGGCUUUUAGCAACAUUGCAAAUUUCCUCAAGGAAUUUGCAAGGGAGUUUUUUAAAUUGCAAAUGUAAUGAGGAAAAUUGCAAUCAAUUUAGAAACUCAAAAGAGGAACGCUUCACGUAGUUUACCUGUAAGGCAUUGAGUUGCCUGCCAUUGCGUAGAGAAAUAUGUUGUCGUCGAAGUACUUCGCUUGAUUUCUUUUGAAUUGUGCCGACCAUCCGAUUAAUCAAUUCUACUUGACCGCUGACAAUUCAAACAAACGAAAUUGAGCGGAAAAUUUCGACUUCGGAAUUUUAGUUCUUACAAAUACAAAUGCUGAAAUGACGAAUUCCUGAUGAGUUAUAAAAAUGGUUUUGUAACUCCAAUAGGCAAUUCCAGCUUUUAGUUUAUGCGUGCAGGGGGUGAUGGGAAGUAAUAAGGUAUCAUAUUGUUGAUUAUGCUGAAAAAAUGGCGGCGUGUAAACACUGAGUAUUAGCUUAUACUUGUGAAUAUUGAAAUAUUUCGCUUAUUUUUGGUUUCGCUUGAAGUUAUUGAGAAUUAUUAUUAAAUUAUUGAUGAAACAAUUUACUGUUGUAGCUACGUUGAAAUUUAAUUAUAAUAUAGGUGGAAUAUAACAGACAAUUUGAUUGGCUAAUGCGCGUGCAUUGUGAUGCAAUAGAGACCUUACGAUUUUAGGACGGAAACGCGACGCCCGGCGACGGCCAAAACAAACUCCUUCAAAUAAAUGGUAGUAAAGAUAGUUCGUCGUAUAUUAUCAAUCGUAUGAAUUUAAUACAGUCUUACGGAAGUUGAAGACAUGGGUUUUAUGGUUGGGAAGAGUUCUGCUAUAAAACCCAGUUUGAAAUUGAACUUGUUGUUGCUUGGAAUGCAGCCGUUGUAUCAAGACGUGAAAAUCUGUGAUUUAGCGUUGUAAACAGAGCGAGGACAAUGUCUAAAUUAUUCAUAUAUUGUAAUUACUUAAUUCUUUUCAAUGAUCGGUCCCUACUAAUAAUGCACUGUGGUCCGUGGCACUUCCUUGCUCUUUCUGUGUUUUUGCAUGGUUUUUAGCCAAAAAUAUAAACAAAACUAUAGCUUUAUUUUAAAUACAAAAUUUAUCAGAAAGCAAGAAAGAAUAUACCAAAGCAACAAAGUAAUUUUGUCUAUAGUUCUACGUCAGUGGCGAAGCCAGCCCGACAAUGGAUGAGUUGCCGGUUCGCAAGCCCCCUUUAUUUUGCACGGCCAAUUGCCCCCUGGCGAUCCCAUAAUACAUUGUAUUAUUUGCAAAUGCAAUGUAUUAUGGGAUCGCCAGGGGGCAAUUGGCCGCGAAAAACGAAGGGGACCUGCGAACCGGCAACUCAUCCAUUCGGUCAUGCUAUGCAAAUAUUUCCGUGUUCAUACAUCGUGAAAACAAUCAAUUUGUAAAGAAAUGAAUAAUGAUAAUGAUUUAAAAUUGGCAUAGCAUGACCAAAUUGUCGGACUGGCUUCGCUACUGUUCUACGUGUAUGUCGAAUUUGUUUUUGUCUCGACAGGUUUUGGGCAAAAGCGUGCAAAAUAGCCGAGAAAAAAUACCAAAAACAUACAAAGUGGCAACAAAAACUGAACAGAAGUGAUUUAGAAAGUACCUUCAAUGGUUCUGAUAGAAACUGCUAGAACUAUUUUUGGCAAAAGGAAAAAAAUACAAUAUUUCAAAAAUUGAAACUGAGCAACACGACGAAACCUACGAUUUAACGUCUUUCAUGGCAAAUCCGGCAGCCCAGAUGCAUGCUGAAAAACAUCGGCAAAGAAGUCUGUGUAUCACUGGGGUAUUUCCCACAUAUAUGCUUGUUCGGUUAAUUAAGAUGAGCUAGCCUUAGUUCUCAAUUAAGAGGCGCAAUUUCUGAUCGUGGAUGCAUUGCUUCUGUGUUUGAUAAUUAUAUGCCACUCUUUUCAGGCAACGUUAGUCCAUACCUCACCUCAUAUUUGCGUUAUCGUACAACCGCAUCAACAUUGCAGCACUCUGACAGUAUGUGGGUCCUAAGUUGCCAUCAAAUUGCAUUACAUGUCAUUCUCUUGGGCAGCGGAGUGAUCGAAUUGAAACUGGGAGUUAGAAUGACUAGUUUACUUGGUGGACUGGUGAACAGGUAUGGUUUCGGAUCACUGACUUACAUAGGAAAUGACUAAUAGAACAAAGGCAACUAAGCUUUAGGAUGACCUAAAUACAUGAGUGAAUAACACUCACACAUAACUCUAAUGCUUUUUGUUACCUUUGUUCUAUUCUGUAAUUCUAUAAACUAGAACAAUCGUUGAAUCGUAACAACAAGGACAACAAUAACAUUAUAUGACCCAACAAAUAGUAAUCGCUCUGACUGUAGUGUAUGUUUUGUUUAUUUAGUUUGGGUCUGCUAUUGACAUACUUCACAGUGCAACAUUCCCUAGUGGCAGUUUCUCUUACUUAUGGCGUAAUCUUUGGUGCAGGGGCUGGCAUUGCAUAUCCAUCUUCCGUUCGUCAAGCAAUGGAG